CACCUACAUUCUGGCCAUCAAAAUUACUAAUUCACAAGUCGACUAGGUUAAAUUCGAAUAAACGGUUUGAAAGUGUCGAAAUUGCCUUAAAGCAUAUUGCAUUAAAAAUAAAUUUUUUUGUCAAAUUUUGCAGCGAAAAAGUUGGUGCUUUUUUAAACAUUUAGCGGUGAACAAUAAAAUAAAAUAUUUUAUGAGACGUUAAAACGGUUGUCAAGUCAAAAAUAACACUUAUUCCUGAGAUAAGCUAAAUAUAGAGUAAAAUCAAUAAAGAGAAUUAAGUGAAUUGUCACAGUGUACCUGAUAGCAAUAUGGAGAAAUUGUAUCUGCAUUUGAUAACAUUUUUGUGCAUGAUCGCGCUGAGUGUCUGCUUGUCACCAAGCCCACUAGUGGAACCAAAAGAACGACAAUUUCCUCYCGACUUCUUUUGGGGCGUCGGUUCAUCAGCAUAUCAAAUUGAGGGUGCUUGGAAUGAAUCUGGCAAAGGAGAAUCAAUUUGGGAUCAUCUAACACACAAUUACCCAGAAAAAAUUGCUGAUCAGUCAAAUGGGGAUGUUUCAUCUGAUAGUUAUCAUCAGUGGCGUCGCGAUAUACAAAUGCUGCGUGAUCUAAACGUACACGUGUACCGAUUUUCGAUCUCAUGGUCCCGCAUCUUGCCGGGCGGCUAUAUGAAUAAUGUCAACAGUGAAGGUAUUCGCUAUUACAGUGAUCUAAUUAACGAGCUUCUGCACUAUAACAUCACACCAAUGGUCACAAUCUAUCACUGGGAUCUACCACAACGUUUACAAGAACUGGGUGGCUGGACCAAUCCCGAAAUUAUACCAGUAUUUAAAGAUUAUGCGCGUCUAAUGUUCGAGAUGUAUGGCGAAAUAUGGUUAUGGUCUCGAUUAUUUGGCGCCCUCCUAUAAUUAUCCUGGAAUACCGAGCUAUUUGUGCGCACACAAUUUACUAAAGACACAUGCCGAAGUGGUGCAUAUGUAUCGUGACCAAUAUCAGAAGCUACAGAAGGGCAAAAUCGGUAUAACUACGGACACAUCGUAUAUGCAACCGAAAACCGAUUCGGACGAUGAUCGCGAAGCAUCUGAGCGUGCUUUGCAAUUCUUUUCGGGCUGGUUUGCACAUCCGAUAUUCUCGAAAACUGGCAAUUAUCCGCAAAUCAUGAUCGAUCGCAUAGGCAAUUAGACCAAAGAACAAGGUUUCACUCGUUCACGUUUGCCGGAAUUCACACAGGAAGAAAUAAAUCGUAUACGCGGAAC